AUGUCUCAAAUCCUUGUCCCCGAGGUUUCUUUUGUCCCCAACCACCUCCGCACUUUGAUCGGUAACCUCGAAAUCGAAUACCUGGAGUUAUGUGGAACCCCACCCCGACCAACGCAAGACCACAUUAGCGGCACCAACAUCCAGCUCCUCACCAAUGUCUGGACACUCCACAUCCACACCAAAGAUGACAUGGACACCGCCUCCAUGCAUCUCAUCAUUGAUACUCCACCCAUCAGGGACACAACUCCCUGCCGCAUGAAUGUCACAGUGACUGACGUGCGCAACAGCUCCCCCGAUGCCCAAGACAUCCUCAAGCGCGUGCGCAUCAAUAACGUGAACCUAACCAUCGACGGUCUCAUGAAUCUGAUCGUUGGUAAUGACCUUGAUAGAUAUAAUUAUACCAGUUCUCAUGUUCAUGAAGAGCGCAGGUUUUGGUUCAAACGGUUCAUUGAGGCACUAGCGGAAGUUCGGGAUAUUAAUGGAGGAGAAAAACGGGACGCUCUCAAUGCUGUGACCUAUGUUUGGAAGGGUGAGGGGACUGGCAUUGGGGAUCGUGUAGAUCUUGCGUAUAUGGCCAACGUUAUGCGGGGACAUAUUGAUUAUCGUGUGAGAAUCCCUUUCCGUGAAUAA